ACACACGCCAUAAUGUAAAUUGCUUCUAGAUUUGGCGUUUGAGUUAAAAAUUUACAUUUUGAUGCAAAAAAUUCGUUUUUAUUAUAUUUAAAAGGCAUUUAAAAUGUCCUUACUAAAUAUUGGUUAAGUUAAGUUUAGGCAAUGGCUCAGUAUUAUCAAAUAGUUGGACAAGGGCAAUCACUAACACUGGAAGAUUUACAAAGAUAUUGCCCAAAUAUAUGCUUGGAUGGAAUUAUAGUAAAUCAAGAGGAACAACAAUAUGCUCAUCAGCCGGUAAAUGUUGUUGUUCAGCAAACAGAACCACCGAAUGAUAUUAUAGUGAGUGAUGGAGUUCAACCACAACUAGUUGUAGGAGAUGGCUUACAAUAUCAACAACAGUAUAUCAUCCGACAUGAGCCUCCUCCACCUCCACCACCAAGAGCUGACUUUCAGCAGCAACAACAACAGCAGCAGCAACAACAACAACAGCAGCAACAACAGCAACACCAACAGGCCUUACAUAGACAUCAGGUUUACUACACAUCUGAUUUACCUGUGGAUGCUCAGGUUGUCUUGCAACAAGCACAGCAGAUCAUUGAUGCAUCUUUGAUGCAACAGUCAUCUCCACAGCGCCCCCAACAUCAAUUGGUGAGUCCAGCACAUGUGUUAUCACAACCAACGGUAAUACACCCCGCACAACAGCCUCCGCCGCAACCUCCGCCCCCACCACCACAGCAUGCCCAACAACAGACUCAGUUGCAACAGCAACAAAUACCUCGGGCAACGCCAACACAACUGAUUCACUUGCAGCAACAAAUGCAACAUCAGAUACAACAGCAACAGCAAUUACAGCACCAGCUACAACAACAACAGCAACACCAGCAACAUAUGCAGUCACAACCCAUUCAACAUCAACAAGUUGUUAUGCAUGCGGCGUAUAUCAACCAGGCAGGAACACCAACUCGACCAGCGCCGCCGAGGGUUCUAAAUCAAGCUCUAAGUAGUCCAGGCGGUGUUACACUUGUGCGGACGCCAGUUCGUACUGUUAGACCUCGCCGACCCGCUGCCAGACCUCCUAUUGCUAGUUCUCCCAUGCAAGGGCCAGCUAGACUCCUCAAUACUCAGCAUCAGCAGGCGCAGGCGAGUACAGCAACGAUGGUUAGCGGGCGCGGAGCUACAGGCGUGCUGGGUGUGAGUGUUGGAGCGAAUGCGGGUACACAUACAGUGGCCGUGGCGAGUAGCGGUGUGGCGGGCGUGGCGGGUGUGGCAGGCGUCGCGGGUGUGGCUGGCGUGGUGGGUGUGACAGGACGCGGUGCUAGACCCCUGAGGCCACCUAGGCCCGCCUCGCCCCGUGUUCUCAAUCCUCAUGCUGCCCACGCAUUACACCGCCCGCCCAGACCCAGGACUCCCCUUCAUCAGCCCCAACAACUCCAACAACAGCAACAACAACACCAACUAGCUCAACAUAUCAUUGGUCAACAAGUUCAUCAACAGCAAUUAAAUCAAAUUAAACUCACCACCCAUCAGCAACAGUUACUUCUAAACCAGCAGAAUCAACCACAUGGAUCACCUGCUCGUAUCAUCACUCAGCAAGGCACAAUUGUUACUCAAAAUUUACAAGCUCAGUUAGCACAACAUACAGUUGUACAGGCAAGCCAAAAUAAUGGACCAAUAUCUGCACAAAACUCAUUGCCUACUGUAUCACAAAGAUCCUCACCUCAUCCACAACAAGUAGCACAAGUACAACAGCAAGUGAAAAAAGUUGUAGUACAACCAAAUAAUGCAAAUCACAUGGAUGACCUAGAAGAAAGUAUAACUGCUGCAAUAGUAUCUAAAAAUCUUGUCAAUGACAAUAUGAAUACAUCUCAACAGUUUCAUACACCACCAUCAACAUUGCGUCAGAAUCAUGCCAGUGGGUCUAUCACACAACAACAUCAACAGUUAAACUUCAGUCCUCAACAUGGCUAUCAACAGCAAGUUACUUACGAUCAAUCUCUUUUACAACAGCAUCCUCAGACUCUUAGCCAAUUAAUAAUGGACGAAGCUAUUGAUGAAGAAAGAUUAGUUACUUUACCUAAUGGUCAGAGAAUUAGCUUGGCAGAUUACCGUAGUAGAAUGCAACCAAUGCGUCCACAGCAGCAUCAACAGUCAAGGGAAACAGGAAGACAAACAUUAGUUAGAAGUAAAGAACAACAAAGGCCAGUUCAGCGUGUACCACCUAUGCAAACACAACAGACACCUCAACAUGAAAACCCUGAUACAUCUAGUGGACCUUCAGAACAAACGUCAGAACCUCAGUCUGCAAAAAUGUUAAUAUUUCUUCAAAAUGGAGAGCAAAGACUAAUUACAUUUACACUGCCGAAAGAGAGCUGCACUCUUCAAGAAGUUCUUGAACAGGUUAAUGUACCGUUUUCAGAAGAUACUAAUAUUCAGUGCAUGCAAAAUACAAGCAGUGAAAUAGACUAUUUUGUGUCAGUUGGCUCAACAACGAGAAUCGAAGAAAUGUUAGAGAAUCACCCUAUGUUAGUUGGAGAUAUAAAUAGUAGAAGUUCUCCAAAUGUUUUAUCUCAACCUCAAAGUAGUGAAGUCUCGACACCUGAGAAAUCACAGUGUCCCGACGCAGCACGAAGUAACAGUCCCGAAUCUCCAGAACAGCGCUCACCUCCACCUCGAUUCGUGGAUGGGAUGUUAGCUGUUUGCAAAUCAUGUGGAUACACAGGUUACGAUUUCAGCCGGUGUCAAAGAUGUAAACGAGUAUUUACUGAGGAACCUAAGAGCGUACCAAUAGCAAGCAAGAAAGUAGAACAAAAAAAGAAAGAUCCAGAGAAACAAAUGGAAAAGCAAAGUGCCUGUGCUGAAGGAAUAAAAUUAAACCUCUUAAAGACGACUAUGAAAGCAAUUAAUAACAAGACCCUUGUACAGGACAAAAAACCACCGCGAGUAAGGAAACCUAGAGGGAAGCAACCUGAUCCAGAACCUGUUAUAUUAACUCUAAGUUCUGAUGAAGAGGAUUCCAAUAGUUCUUUACUAAGUAAUCAGCAUGAGCAAUCCAUAAACACGAAGGAACCUUCUCUGAGCGAAAUUGAAGGUACGCCAGAUAGUGGGAUUGGUAUGGACCAUAUGGAUGAUGGCAGUAGAGAAGAAAUUAAUCAACCUACUCCUCAAGGAAUUGUUACAUCACUCAGUUGUCGGACGAUACGAAUAGGUUCAUAUAGGUAUACACCAAAGGAAAAGGUGUACAUAUCACAGAAAGGCGUUAAAAUUGUUGCACCUUCAUUAAAAAAUGAAUCCAAAGAUGUUGCACUUCAAAUCCAAUUAAAGGAAGUUGUCCGAAUAUUAGUACAUUUUGGAAAAGGAUUACCAGUAAUUUUUUUAUACACAAUGAGCAAAUGUGGUGCUUACAUAAGGAAAGCAUUAGAUAUGACUGAAGAUUCUGGUCCUUAUUACAACCCAAUGUCAAAAAUUGAUCCUUAUAAAAGGAUAACAUUAUUACCUGAAUCAAUAACUGAAGAAGCUAAAGCUACAUUUAAAACAUUAUUUGGUAAAUUGAUGGAUGAACUGAAUGCUAGGGAGGCUAAUGACAUAUUAGUGAGGACAUGUCCCAAAGAGAGUAACAAUGUCACAAAAAUGACAACUAGAUCAUUAAGUGCUUCCAGUGCCUCUGGAGCGAAAAGUUCCAACCCAGCUGAAAUAAGACAAAUACUAAUUUAUCCACCGGGUAAAGGUGGUAUACCGAUAAAUACCGAGGAUUAUAUGUGCUUAGCACAAGACCAGUUUUUAAAUGAUGUUAUAAUAGAUUUUUAUUUAAAAUAUUUAGUUCAUGAUGUGUUAACUCACAGUCAAAGAGAAAGCACUCAUAUUUUUAGUACAUUUUUUUACAAAAGACUAACAACAAAACCCAGUAAGGUAAAUAAAAGUUCCAAUCCCCAUGAAUGGGAUAGCAGUUUGACUCCUGCACAAAAGAGACAUGCUCGGGUUAAAACAUGGACGAAGAAUGUCAAUAUAUUUGACAAAGACUACAUUGUAGUUCCUAUUAAUGAAAAUUGUCACUGGUUUGUGGCAAUAAUAUGUUAUCCAAGUUUAGAAGGAUGUCGAAGUAUGAUUGACAAUCGUACAGUAAACCCACAGGAAAUUAAAAGGAGAGAACGAAGAUCGUCUAUGCAAAUAGGGAACACAACUAUAACCCCAUUAACAAAACAGGAGCAGCUUACAUUAAACUGUGAUUCUGAUAAUUUAAGUGAACGAGAUGAAGCUGAGGCUGAGGACAGUGAUUUAGAUAUGCAAUGUGAUACAGAUGAGGAAGAAGUAGAAAAAAGUACUGUUGAAAAGAAACCUGAGAUUCCUCUACCUGUUGGGAAGUCAGAACCUAUAAAGCAACCCUGUAUAUUAAUAUUUGAUUCGUUGGCUGGAGCAUCCAGAUCUCGGGUAGUUGCUACAUUACGGGACUACCUUACCUGCGAAUACCAAGCUAAAAUAUCUCCACACAAAAUCUUCAACAAAGAUAAUAUGAAAGGCAGUUGUCCAAAAAUUCCACAACAAAAUAAUUUCACUGAUUGCGGCUUAUAUUUAUUGCAAUAUGUUGAACAAUUUUUUAAGGAUCCUGUAUUAGAUUACUCACUACCUAUAAAACAGUUGGCUAACUGGUUUGAUGAGAUUGUCGUUACGCGGAAAAGAGAGGAAAUUUCAAAUUUAUUAAAGACUUUGAUGAAUAAAUAUAACCCAGACUCACAUUUGGCAUUACCAGACAUUACAUUCCCUACAUUAAAUGGUAAAUUAAUAGAAACUGAAGAUCAACAAGAGGAUGGCUCAGAUGGUGAUAAAAGUACUUCCAGUUCAAGCAAGUUACAUAAAACAGACGGCAAAGAACAUGAAGGACCAACACUUACUUUUGUUAAGCAAAUGUCUACUGGUGAUAUAUUAGUGAAAAGAAAUUUUCCUGACUCUUCGGAUACUAUACAUUUAAGGAAAGCAAUUAGGCUUUCAAGUGAUGCGGAAAAUAGAUCUAUGCUUCAAAUAAAGCAGGAAUUUAUCAAGAAAGUUGAUAAUGAAAAUCAAAUAUUGAUACCCAUUAAGAUUUCUACUGACGUUGUUAAAGACAUUCAAAAUAAUUUAAUAGUUAAUAAGAAUAAUAAAAGUUUGGGUGAUAAAAAACAUGGUGUACAUAAUCAAAAUGUAUCCAAUUUAAAUUGUAUUCGACAGAAUGUGAGUGAAAGUGAUAGUAAUUCAUUUCUCAAAACGAGAAGAGUGAACAAACUUGAUGAUGUUAUGAAUGAAUCGAGUAAAAAAUUUAAAAGGAAUGAAUGUUGAACUGCCUGUCCAUAUACCAUGUCUAUUAAAUUAUUAAUUUAAUGAAAUGUAUAGUUGUUUCAUGGACUUGUAAAUAUUAGGUAUAAAACAUGUGUAUUUACUAUACUAUUUUAAAAUGUAAAUUUAAUUUGUGAAUAGCUUGUUCUUUUGUUACUUCUUAGUUAAAAGUUAUGAUAAGUCGCUAG